AAAAAAUGUCUGAAUCCAAAACUUCUGUUGAACUUCAUAUUUUAGACAUUUCUGAGCCAGAACUGCACCCUUCUUCUCUAUCUUCCUUAGCUGAAACCUGCAAAACUUGGGGUUUCUUCCACAUCACUAAUCAUGGGAUUUCAAGUGAUCUUUACAACAACAUAUGUUCCAUGUCAAAUGAUCUCUUUAGCCUCCCCUCUGAAACCAAACUCAGACUUGGUCCUUUCUCUUCGGCAAAGACUUAUACUCCUCAUUUCUUAGCUUCUCCAUUCUUUGAAAGCCUCAGAGUUUCUGGUCCAAACUUCUUUGCAUCUGCUCAAAGUGCAGCUGAUGUGCUCUUUGACCAACAAAGUUUUCUUUUCAGUGAGAUGCUGCAAGAAUAUGGGAGUAAGAUGGCAGAACUGUCAAAAAAAAUUAUAGAGAUCUUGUUGAUGAGCUUAGGGGAUGACUUUAAGAAGAAGUACUAUGAGUCUGAGUUCAACAAUUGUCAUGGUUAUCUGAGAAUAAACAACUACUCAGCUCCUGAGAGAGUAGAAGAUGAGGUUGAAGGGCUUGGAAUGCACACUGAUAUGAGCUGUGUAACAAUUGUGUACCAAGAUAAAGUAGGAGGGCUUCAAGUGAGGUCAAAGGAAGGAAAAUGGAUGGACAUAAGCCCAUGUGAGGGGACCCUUUUGGUGAACAUAGGGGACAUGGUGCAAGCUUGGAGCAAUGAGAAGCUAAGGUCCUCAGCACACCGGGUGGUCUUAAGGCAGCCGCAGAACCGGUUUUCUCUAGCUUUCUUCUGGUGUUUUGAGGAUGACAAAGUAAUCUUAGCACCAGAUGAUGUUGUAGGGAAAGGAAAUGAGAGAACUUACAAUCCCUUUGUUUGCUUGGAUUACUUGAAGUUCAGAGAGAACAAUGAGAAAGGCAAGUUUGAAAAAGUUGGGUUUACGGUAAAAGAUUUUGCUGGUGUCAAAGCCUGGCCGAGUACUGUAAAGGGAAAGAGAAGCUCACCUAGCCUUGAGUGGAGAGCUGAUGUGGUGGUGUGUACAUAUGCAGCCGCUUGACCACCACGGUCAAGGUGUUCUCAGAGGAACUAGGGGGUUUACCCUAUUUUUGCCGCUUAGGUCGGCGGGAUUGUAACUUUACAACAGUAGUGACCAUUUUGUACUAAGAACAGCUUGUAAACGUUUUGUUUA